CGUGUGAACUUGCGACUUUUUUCGAUGCCAUGAUACUCCGUCUGCCCGUACGACAUGUAACAUCCAGCCUUCGUCGCUUGCACACUCUUCCCGAUCUCACCUUUGGCGAACAAAACGCAAAAGCGGAGGAGAAUACAUUCUCACCCAGUCGUACCAUCUCCAUCCGAAAUCUCCCAAAGGACUACCUCAAUAAUAUCGGUAGCGUCCUUGCUCCUCUCAAGUUGAACCCUGUAGAGACGAUAUCUCCCUCGUAUUACGGCCGAGGUCUUCUCGUUAAUUGCCUCAGUACAAAGCGUGCAGAACAAUGCAUCGCAAAUUAUCACGACUCGAAGCUGAAUUUAAAGCUCGUCCGGACAGACAGAUCCCUGGCCGUCUACCUCGUAGCUGCGAUUGGGUACACAGGGCUAUCAAGGACAUGUAGAAUCGAACACAUACCCCAAGACGUCCCAGAGCAGCAGCUCAAGGCCAUCAUGUGUCCUCAACGACGCGGCAAUCGACAGGAUUUCGAAUCGUGGCACUUUGACCGGAAUGCAUCGCGGCUUGACGUCCGUUUCAUGUGUUUAUCCCAGGCCAUGGAUGCAAAAGAAAACAUAUUUCGUUCCCCGUUACUCAAGGGCACCAAAAUGACCUAUUGCGACGCCGAAGAACCUGAUUACAACUUUCCAGAAUGGUACAAUCCAGAAGAGGAGCACCAGGAGAACGUAAAACGCGCUGUGUUCGUAACCAACCUGACCGGCCCAGAAAAAUCUCUCCCAUGCCGAGAAUGGACAAACGAGUGGCAGGGCGUCUCCCCGACAUUGCUUUUCUGUGGGCUCCAUCCUGCCAAAGACUUGAUGCACCUGGAAUUCGCCACCUCCACUGCCGCACAGCAGUUCGUGAGGCAAUAUCAGUCCAAGGCCGAUGAAUUGGGCGUGGGGUUGCAGAUACAAGAGACUGUAUAUACCGUCUCACGUAGUCUUAUCACAGCCCUCAGCCUAGGUGCCAGCCGCACGCUAGUCCUCACCGUCAACGGCACGAAGUCAAUACCAGAAAUACGCGAAAUCUUCAGGCAUCAGGGUAACCUAACACAGGUGACUCGCCGGGAAAGAGAGAACGAUACUGUGUUUUUCAUCACGUUCGAGAAUGUUAGCAUGGCUAUGCGCACAGUAAUACGUAUGGGGAGGAUAUUCAACCUAGGCUUCCCCAGGUUGACAGGAGCUAUUAUAGGCUUCAUGGAUGCCCCUCACCUGAAGCCUAUCAUUCUCAGAGAUAAAGCACGAGCAAAGUUCAGUGACAGCGCUAAUGGCAAAGGAAAUUCGUAUACGCCUUACCUCUCCGGUAUGUAUGUGGGAAAGGGAAAUUGAGCAGGACAUACCGGCAGAGACAGAUGACGGCUCCCGCGGACGUCGGGUAGCAUAAUGGGAACACCAAGGAGGCAAGGU